AUGCCACGCUUCCCACUACUCCAAGAGCUGCCCACAGAGCUGCGCCAAGAUAUCCUCGAGCGUCUCUGUAGGGCAGACCUCCGAGCUCUCAAUCGCGCGUCAAAAUGGGCCUACCAACAAGCAACCCCGUUGUUAUGGCGCGAGGUCGAGCUGAUGGACUGUACGACAUACUACGAAGACGGCAACGACGACCACGACGAUCUUCCUCUCAUACGGAAGCUGCUCCUCUUCGCCAACAACCCUUGGAUCGCGUCGUGCGUACAAGAGCUGACACAUCGCUGCCAUCUACCACCACCGGCGAUCUUCCGCGAAUUGCCCUUCAUGAAUUUCAACUGUCAAACGCUCUCGACAGAUGCUCGAACGAUCAAGCUGGUGCAGCUGGCUGCCAAGAAUCUGAAGAACGUGCACACGUUGCGCAUUAUUGCUGGUCAUCCGAGUCUAACCGAUGCCAUUCUCCGCUGCUUCUUUGAUGCUGCCCGGCACGGAAUCUCUGCAGAUUUCGUUCGGAUACGAAGGCUGUGGUUGGAGAAUUGCCGAAUCAGUAUCGGUCUUAAUAUGCAAAUCGACGAGCAUCCAUACGGGUUGCCGCUCGCCUGCAAUUUCGAGGCUCUCGAGGUCGUGCGGUUCCGUCGUCUGCCCAUGAAGCCCGGAACGCCUUACAGCGAUAUUGUACCAAGAUUCCAUUACGCGUAUUCGAGAGGUGGGAUUCCAAUCGAGAUGAACGAUGGGCUCGGUGGUACAUUCAGUACUUCCAUGAGCGAGCUGGAGACCGAAGUGAGGGCCGGAGAGGAACAAGUCAUUUGGCUGGAAGAUCAGAGGAAUCGACCGUCUGCCCAUGAUCGCUCACCUCUCGAAAAGUUCUAUGAGGUUGCGCAUACGUUUGACGACAGUACAUAUGAGAGACUCGAGAGCCUGGACUUUCCGUCUGAGGUGCUCGAGCUCUCUUCUAUGACACGCCCUGAACGAGCCACUUUAGCCUACCGCGGAAGUUGGCUUGACCCAGGUGCCCAGAUACCAAUCUCCAACAAACCGUUCUACUUCCCCUUUGACUUGAACAAGAGCAAACUUCUGAUGCGGACAAAGAGCUGGAAGCGGAUGCAACGGGAGAAGAUUUCGUCUGCAGAUGCUGUCAUGCUGCUCCUCAACAAUGCGAGCGCAACACUGACCUCUUUGAACAUCGAUUGGGCGCUGACUAUUCCCUCCAUUCUCGGACAUUCGAGAGAGCAUGAGGCUUUCGAAUCGUGGACCUCCAUUUUCUUGGCACUUUUCAGAUGCCGCUUUCCACAUCUUCGAUCCUUUCAAUUCCGAAAUUGCGUCGUGCCAGAGACAAGGCUUCCGAAGGGUCUCUACCUUCUGGACCACUCGUCUCCGUAUCAUGGAGACCCUAGCAAUGGAUCCGUGGCUCGCAUGUCCAAGGAGGAUGAGUCCGCGGCUGCAAUGGAUCUUGCCGGGCUGGAGUUCAUGGAAGCGCACCCUAAUCUCAAAUGCCUAGCCUGGCCAAUGGACCAUUUCUUCGGGCCUAGCGAGAUAUCCGCGGAUAUAACAGAUCGAGUAGACAAGGUGGUGGCAAACCUCGGAAGAACAUUGCUUGAUCUGAGGGUUGAUACGCUGUACGCUGGCCCUGGCAGCGACGAGGCGCAGACGGAGGAGGUGGUCUGUUCUGACCCAGGUAUGUGGAUCUGAAAGACACGUUUGGUGCUGUCACUGACAUUUUGCAGCGACUCGCGCAAGUCGACGCCAAUUCAUCACGAGAUUUGCGAACAAGAUGACACGGCUGGAAAGUAUAAAGAUCGAAGGCGGAAUGCCACGAGACGAGCGUCGAGAGGUCGUACGAGCGCUUCAUGCCUGUCCCUUGCAGAAAAUCGUGAUGAUCGGGACUUCAUGUCCGGUUGGCAAUACGUGGGGCGAGAAUGGGCAGUACAUCGGCCAGAUCGUCGAGGAGAACGAACUCGUGAACCUCGAAGGCGAAGACGAAACUGCUGCCUACCGUUACGGGGGCCAAGAUCCCGAGUCGCCAGGCCCCGAGACUGAGUUCUCGCCUCGCUGGGAAUGGAAAGGCUCUCCGCCCAUGCUAUAUACCCUGGCAUCUUGUCACGCCAGCACGAUUAAAGAGCUCAAAUUCUGCGGCUACAAAGGUUCGCCGGUGCUUUUCACGCCGACGGCUAUCACCGCCCCCCUCCUCGGACCACUCAAGCACUUCCACAACCUCGAAUCGAUCAUCAUGAGCCUUUGGCUGACCACGCUCUUCGAGAACGGUACCGAUGCCCGCGACACGGAAAUCAUCCAAUACUGGUGCAAUGUGCGCUCGCCUGCUUCCGCCGCUCUCGUCGUCAUCAACGACGAGGAACCCGAAGAAGGUUCAUGGGAGAGGGAGCUCCGAACCAAGUAUGCGCCCGACGCACUUGCCUGGCGGAUCACGAACUUUUUGGGUCCAUAUCUGAGCGAGAAGGCUAAGGCGAGGAAGGGAGGUGUUCAUGUCAGAGCUAGUUUCUGUGUGGGCGAUAUGGGUGGCAUUUUCGAUAUGGACUUGAUUGUCGGGAAAGGCAGUGUGGGGAGUGAUGUGUGCAAGACGUUCAAGGGGCCGAGGGAGGAACUGGAAGAGGAUAGGAGGGUUGCGAAGUUGAAGGGGCGGAGGUGGUUCUGA